GCCGCGCCUGGGCGGGGGGCGAGCCGGGGCGCGCGGCCGCUGCCGGCGCUGAGCGGCUCCUGGCGGCUCCCGGCCCCGCCCCGCCCGGCCGGCGGCAGCAGCGGCAGCAGCAGCAGGGCGUCUGCGGCACCUGCCCGGCGGAGCGCUCGCUCCCUGUGGCCGGCGCCCGCCCCGCCGAGAUGGCGGAUCCCGCCGAGUGCAGCAUCAAAGUGAUGUGCCGGUUCCGGCCCCUCAACGAGGCGGAGAUCCUCCGCGGGGACAAAUUCAUCCCUAAAUUCAAGGGCGAGGAGACGGUGGUCAUCGGGCAAGGGAAGCCGUAUGUCUUUGAUAGAGUGUUACCUCCUAAUACAACCCAGGAACAAGUUUAUAAUGCCUGUGCCAAGCAGAUUGUUAAAGAUGUUCUUGAAGGCUACAAUGGCACAAUCUUUGCUUACGGACAGACAUCAUCAGGAAAAACGCAUACUAUGGAGGGGAAGCUGCAUGACCCUCAGCUCAUGGGAAUCAUUCCAAGAAUUGCACAUGACAUCUUUGAUCACAUCUAUUCCAUGGAUGAAAACCUGGAGUUUCAUAUAAAGGUUUCCUACUUUGAGAUAUAUUUGGACAAAAUAAGGGACCUACUUGAUGUGUCAAAGACAAACCUCGCUGUACAUGAAGAUAAAAACAGAGUCCCGUAUGUUAAGGGUUGUACAGAAAGAUUUGUAUCUAGUCCUGAAGAAGUUUUGGAUGUCAUUGAUGAAGGGAAAGCUAACCGCCAUGUAGCCGUUACAAAUAUGAAUGAACACAGCUCUAGGAGCCACAGCAUCUUCCUCAUUAAUAUUAAACAAGAGAAUGUGGAAACUGAGAAGAAACUCAGUGGAAAGCUUUACCUGGUAGACCUGGCUGGGAGCGAGAAGGUCAGCAAAACGGGAGCGGAGGGCGCUGUUCUUGAUGAAGCUAAAAAUAUCAAUAAGUCUUUGUCUGCUUUAGGCAAUGUGAUAUCUGCCUUGGCAGAAGGAACUAAAACCCAUGUUCCAUACCGAGACAGCAAAAUGACCCGAAUACUUCAGGAUUCCCUUGGUGGGAACUGCAGAACCACCAUCGUGAUAUGCUGUUCUCCUUCUGUGUUCAAUGAAGCAGAAACAAAGUCGACCCUGAUGUUUGGACAGCGAGCUAAGACGAUUAAGAACACGGUCUCUGUGAAUCUGGAGCUGACCGCGGAGGAGUGGAAAAAAAAGUACGAGAAGGAGAAAGACAAAAACAAGAGUCUAAAGAAUGUCAUCCAGCAUCUAGAGCUGGAACUGAACAGGUGGAGAAAUGGAGAAGCUGUGCCUGAAGAUGAACAGAUCAGCGCGAAGGACCAGAAGAACCUGGAGCCUUGUGAUAACACCCCGAUUAUUGACAACAUCACACCAGUUGUUGCCAGCAUCUCGACAGAGGAGAAGCAGAAAUAUGACGAGGAGAUUGCCAGUCUCUACAGACAGCUGGACGACAAGGAUGAUGAAAUCAACCAGCAGAGCCAGUUGGCUGAAAAACUAAAGCAACAAAUGCUGGAUCAAGAGGAGCUUUUGGCCUCCACUAGGAGAGAUUAUGAGAAGAUUCAGGAGGAGCUGACCCGUCUUCAGAUUGAGAACGAAGCAGCCAAAGAUGAAGUGAAAGAGGUCCUUCAAGCCCUGGAAGAAUUAGCUGUCAAUUAUGACCAGAAAUCCCAAGAAGUGGAGGACAAAACAAGAGCCAACGAGCAGCUGGCUGACGAGCUGGCACAGAAGAGUAGUGCCCUGACAGCGACCCAGAGGGAGCUGGGCCAGUUGCAGGAGCUCAGUAACCAUCAGAAGAAGAGAGCGACUGAAAUCUUGAACUUGCUGCUUAAGGACCUGGGCGAGAUUGGAGGAAUCAUUGGUACUAACGACGUUAAAACAUUAGCAGAUGUGAACGGGGUGAUUGAGGAGGAGUUCACCAUGGCACGGCUUUACAUCAGCAAGAUGAAGUCUGAGGUGAAGUCUCUGGUGAACCGCAGCAAGCAGUUGGAGAGCGCCCAGAUAGACUCCAACAGGAAGAUGAACGCCAGCGAGAGGGAGCUUGCAGCUUGCCAGCUCCUCAUUUCACAACAUGAAGCAAAGAUCAAGUCCCUUACAGACUACAUGCAAAAUAUGGAGCAGAAGAGAAGGCAGCUGGAAGAGUCACAGGAUUCUCUCAAUGAAGAACUUGCCAAGUUACGUGCUCAAGAGAAAAUGCACGAAGUCAGUUUCAAGGAUAAGGAGAAGGAGCAUCUGACCCGGCUUCAGGAUGCAGAGGAGAUGAAGAAGGCGCUGGAGCAGCAGAUGGAGAGUCACAGGGAAGCCCACCAGAAGCAGCUGUCCAGGCUGAGGGACGAAAUUGAAGAGAAGCAGAAAAUCAUCGAUGAAAUCAGAGACAUGAAUCAGAAGCUGCAACUGGAACAAGAAAAACUGAGCGCUGAUUAUGAUAAAUUAAAAAUUGAGGACCAGGAAAGAGAAAUGAAACUAGAAAAGCUCAUACUGCUUAAUGAUAAAAGGGAACAAGCAAGAGAAGAUCUUAAGGGGCUGGAGGAAACAGUGGCAAGAGAACUUCAGACUCUUCACAACCUACGCAAACUGUUUGUCCAAGAUCUCACCACCCGCGUUAAAAAAAGCGUUGAACUUGACAGCGACGACGGAGGUGGAAGCGCUGCGCAGAAGCAGAAAAUUUCCUUUCUUGAGAACAACCUGGAACAGCUUACAAAGGUUCACAAACAGUUGGUACGUGAUAAUGCAGAUCUUCGUUGUGAGCUUCCUAAGCUGGAAAAACGACUUAGAGCUACGGCAGAGAGAGUUAAGGCCCUGGAGAGCGCACUGAAGGAGGCCAAGGAGAACGCCAUGAGAGACCGCAAACGGUACCAGCAGGAGGUAGAUCGCAUUAAGGAGGCUGUGAGAGCCAAAAACAUGGCACGGAGAGCACACUCUGCUCAAAUUGCCAAGCCCAUCCGCCCUGGUCAUUACCCAGCGUCUUCUCCAACGGCUGUCCACGCCAUCCGAGGGGGAGGGAUGUCAAACUCCAGCUACUAUCACAGCACCAAAUAGACGAGAAGUCAACUCCACUUAGCAUGCUAAGGACUGUCAUUAAGUCACUAGUUUCUUUUUUUCCCCCUCUUCAACCUGAUCCACCUCCUAUUCGUCCUGCGCUUCCUACAGCCAUCUGCAAUGCACUGGUCCCAGGUAUUUUGAGCUUCGUAGGAUCUCCACGUGUACAGAAGUGUUCAGCUCAACUCUUCUACAGAUACUUGUACAAUGUAUUUAACAUAACCAUCUAAGUAAGGAUAGGAAGUCUGCCACCCAGAAUCUCUCACUGACUGCGUUUGACCCCUUGGCGCUGGUUAGGUUGGGGCUUCUACACUCAGAUUGAUGCUUUUUCGAAGUCCUCUGUUGCAUCAGUAAAUCCCGACUUCUGGCAUCAAAGAAUUAAUUAUUCAAUGACCAAGUGCCAUCAAAGGCAGGUGAUUGUGCUCUGUCAUGACUGAUUUACUGUAUAAUAUACAUAUUAUUUUAUAUUUUUAGGGGAUGAAAAUGUGCUGCUAUAUGGUUUAAUUUUACUGCUUACAUUUUCAGAAGUAAAUUUCCCCAAAGAACCAUUUGUAAUAUCCUGAUGAAAUCUUUGGACUGUAUAAAAUAACCUUUAUUGCAGUACCUGGUAAAGAUCAAACGGGAUGCAGAGAAAUCUGUUAGUAUAGAUCUAGGUUUUGAAGUUUGGUAGUUACAUGAAUAUAUCUGUGUGACCUAUCUUAAAAAAAUUAAGAUCUGAUCUGCUUGUAGUUCUCCCUACGGUGGUGGGUUUUCCUGGAGUGUGAUGGCUAGCCAUGUGUUAGUAGGCGUCGUUCUCUAUGAAAUUUUGAAGGCUUUCAGAAUGCUGUGGAAAUCUCGUCUUGGAAAAGCCGACAAGCAUCCCCCGCCUUUCCCCCAAUAAAUAAAUAAAAAUCCCCCAAACCCCAGACCCUACCUUAAAAUAAAAUUAGAGAGAGAGAGUCCAAAAGGAGGUGAGAGUUGUACACUCGAGCUGUCCUUUGCAGACCAAAUUUGGGAAUAUGUUUGUUAGGAGGUGAAGAGCAUAUUGCAAGGGGAAAAGAAUGUCUUUAUAACUUACAAUAUGCAAGUCGCCCUACGGGUGGUACGCUUGUGCGCACGGAGGUAAGGAUGAGACCGCUUGCCUUUCUUGGAUCUUUCGUGCCAGACAGAAAGUUUCCAUCUUCUCAGCAAGAGGGCACUGGAAUCGUUCUGGGAAGGUUCCGCUGGCAGGCAGAGGAACUGCUCCUCCUCCCUGCUACCGCCUCUGGGCCACACACACGUAUCCUCCUUGUUCAGAUGUCCAUAGUAUGCAACCUUGCGUCCUAACGAAGUGUGGAUUCUAGGAAGGUUACGGCCAAGCGUAGCCCUCUAGUCUUGUUUUGCAAACAUUUGCUCUUAUUUAAUUUGAGAUUGAUUUUUUUUUUUAAUUUUGGAACGUGUUUGUUAGUAGCCGUAGAACUAUUUAGUUACUGUAGACCGUUUUGGAAGAUUGUGAAUUGACUUUAGGUAUUUUUUUCUACUGAAAUUAUUUAGGUUGUUGAAAAGUAAGUUGGACAUAAUUUAUUUUUUUUUUAAUGUUGCACUAUUUUGGGAAGCAUUUUGCUAAAAAUAUUUAAAUAAGUUGCAAAUUUGCAUGUAUUUAAUUUAUUUUGUAUUUUCCAAAGUUUUGUAUUUUCUUUCUUUAUGUGCAUGUGCACUGCCAGAAAAAUGAACUGUGAACUUGCCAUAUGCAAUCUUUAAUAAAAUUACUAAUUCAGAACUACUCUGUGCUAUCUAAUCAGCUGUCCAGAGCUGAAGUUUCUACUAUGAACUAAUGAUCCUCUUGUUUUGGUUCUAAAAUAGUUGUCUUGGAAAAGAUAUCAAACUUAAUUGCUGUCAAAGAUUUUGUAUUGUACUAAAACUUUUCUUCUGUCUCUCGAAUUCAGAGUUCAGUCUGGAAGUAUAUUGUAGAUGCAGCAUUAGCUUAAAAACCUGUAUUAAGUUCCUCACAGCAUCACCGUUAGUUAUGUACGGCAGUUUAGACAGCUUUCUUCAGCUUGAGCAGUAAGUUAGCUUUGACAUCUCUUAAUUGUGCUAGUGCUGAUCAGCCAGUCAGUUCACCUAGCUAAAAUAAUUAAGUUUCUCCAAGUUAACUUUUACAUCAAGACUGUAGGAGGACUUUCUACAACUGAAAUGCUGAAAAGAUGCCUUAGGCUAAAAUUCUGAAGAAAAAAAAAUAGAGAAUAUAUUUAGUCAAUUGGAAAUGAAUUCUGUCAAUUGAACUUAGUCUGCUUAUAUAGAGAUCCUUGUUUUGUAAGCCUAUUUUAAUUAGGCAACUUAAGUUUGUAUUGCGUAUUGUAUAUUCAACUUUUGUACCAUUUUUAAGUCUUACACAUUUUAUAUCUGGAAAUGAAAACCACACACCUGCUCCGCAGAGAGCAAAACCCGUCUCCUGCUAUUUCCACUACUUGAUGCUAUCUUACUUUCUUUGCUCUUUGAAUGUCGUGCUACAUUUAUUCCAGGCUAAUUUUAAAGUUGUGAUUUGUAUAGCGCAAAUUAAAUUUCACAUCUAAAAUGUCAUGCAUGGGACAAAUUUUGGUGGAAAUACUGUUCACAAAUGGAAAACGUACUUCAGAUGGAACUAAAGUGCAUAUUGUUCUUUUUGCUAGUAAUUAAAAAGUAUUUCCUGCUCACUUGAGCUUCUCUUAAUGAUAUGUUCAAAUAUCUUGUGUUUGUCCUUGAGUUCACGUUUCAUCGACUUGUUUUCUCAAAAGCAAGGGGAGUUUUAAACUUGGGAAGAUCUUGGCUGACGCAUUUUUAAGUUUGUAUUUUACUCAACAAGGGUGAGAGUGGAUUAUCCCAAAUAUACUGAAAACUAAAAAAAUAAGUCUCCAGAAGACUUUACUACAAUAAUUUCUGCCAACAGAACCUUAUGAGUAACUUUUAAAUUUCAUUUUAUAAAGCCUAAUUGACCAAGAUGCGCAUUUGCCUGAUUUUUUGAUAAAUAAGGCUUGGAAAUAAACAAAAUAAAGAAUUUUAAGCUGCACAUUGUUUCGCUUGAAUAAAUGGGUAUUUAAACCAAAUUGUCACACAGGUCCAAAAGGAAAAGGCCUAAAUCAAAUUUCCCUUAUUGGAGGGAGAGAGACUUUGUGUAAAAAUGAAUGAAGCACAGCUCAAUUGGAAAUGGAAGGAAUCCAAAAAUAAAUUGGCAGGAUAAUCUUAAUCUACCCUUGCUUUGAUUUUUGUCUUCGCUGUGCCCACACGAACUGCGAAGUGCACUGGAGAACAUCCGCUGUGCAGGAUGGAACACUGCUCCACCAGUUCCUCUCUCGCUCUCACGGUCUUGUCCAUUGAAACACUUUUCGUUGUGGGAGAACCACGGGGGUUGAGGCAUUCUGUAGAAUUAUACAUGUCUAGUUUGUAAAGUGUGUAACGUGUACUGCAGAUGUGUAUUCUCUGGGCUCUAUGUAUCUUUACAGUAGUGUUCAAUUUAGGAAAAAAAAUAAAUUGUGGACACGUUUUGCUGGUAACAAGGGGAAAUUUUUUGCCAUUGCAUCAAACGAUGCUGAAAUGUAUUAAACUCUUGAUAGCAGAUCUGAACCCUCCUUCCCCCAUCCCGUGGAGAUAAGUCUUUUAUCUUCCUUCUAAAAUUCUAUCAGCGAUGGAUGGAUACACUGGCAGACUGCAUGAUGUAUCAUUUGAAAACCGUUACAGUGGAAAAUAAAAUUGAACUAAACUUUG